CACAUUUCCUGUUCGUGAUAUGAAAUGUUCCCGACUAGACAAGUUAUGAAACCUUCCUGAAGCUCUUGAAAUCUUAAACUGCAAAGUAUAAGGAUGACAUCGACUCCUCCAUCCCCUCACAACCGGAGCAGGAGUGAGGAUGAGGAUGAUCCAGUGGAUGGGAUGAUCUCCAGGACAGGCUGUGCUGAGCUGCACUAUGCUCUGCAGGACUGUAUGGCUGAGCAUCAGGACUGGAGGAAGUGUCAGACUGAGGUUCAGAAGUUUAAGGAGUGCAUGACCACCAACCAGAACACUCGCAAAGAGCAGCUCCUGAAGCAGAGGACUUCCGCCACAUAAUCUGCUUGAUGCAGAGGCCUCUGAGACAGUGCUGCUCAAUAAAACAUCCAUAAUAUUUACUUAACAAAAGGCAUAGUCAAGAGUUUCUGUCAAGCACAGAAAUGUCAUGAAAAUUUUUCAUGUAUGUUUAAUGUAAAUAUGUAUUGGACAAUCAGAAUAAAA